UCUACCUAAACAACUUAACGGUUUUAACAAGAGGAGCAAGAUUUUCUAGUUGACAAGUAGAUUGAGGAAAAAAGGAAAAAACAGAGCUACUCUGUUUCCCCUGUUCCUAUCCUUUGUACUGUUCUCUGUCUAUCUGCUUCCAUGCUCCUUGGCAGCAUAAUACCUUCACUGUCUACUAUAACUAUGGUAGUCUCCAUCUUGUCUCAACACAGAGAAAUGGCUGCUACCAAGGCUUUGCUUGUUUACCACUUCUCUUUUGAGUGAAAACCCUUAAUCCUCCAUUUUCUCUGCUACCUUGCUAUUGCUUUCAAUUCUCGAUUCCGCAAAUGGAUUCAUUCAACAUCACCAACAUCAAGAUUGAGAAGGCGAACGCAAUCAAGAAGCAUAGGAAGAUUCAAAAGAUUGCAAGUUUGUUCAGGUUAAUAGAAAUAGGCCUAGUUCUAGCCUUGAUUUCCAGGUUUUCCAUUCAACUCCCAGUUGCUGUCAGGAACUCCAGUGAGUAUUUUAAGGACUUAACAGUCACCCUUGUAAGUCCUCGGUUCGUGUUCGUUCUUGGUAACGUGAUAGUCAUCACUCUCUUUGCAAAGUCGGGCCAGUUUUCGUGUCAAGAUUCUAAUGGAAAGAAUUCAAGCACUGACCUUUAUGAAGAGUUUGUUGAAAAGAGUGAAAAGAGCCAGGGAACUCAUCAUUAUGAAGCUGAAUGUAGAGAGAAACAGGUCACCUAUGCUGAGCACAAAGUCACUGAGGAUAAUUCAACUUCUUUAGAAAGCGAGAAAUAUCAUAGGAGUCAAUCAGAGAGAUUGAAGAGGCCAAAUAGUAACAAGCCUUGCCGGGAACUGAGGCGGUCAGCAACGGAGGGAUGCAGGAAAAGCAUCGAUUCCGAUGAGGAAUUGGAGAAAAGGCCAUGCCCUGAGGAUAAAAUGAGCAACGAGGAGUUUCGAUGCACGAUUGAGGCUUUCAUUGCUAGGCAAAAGAGGUUUCGAAUAGAUGAAGAGAAUUCUUAUGUCUUAGAGUAAAACUGUGUAAGAAAAAUUCAAGAUCCUUUUUGCCGUUUUUUGUUUGCAAAUCUACAAGUCUAUAGGUGCGUGUACAAUGCUAAAUCAUAAAUGCAGAGUAAAUUUACCUGUUAGCUUU